CCAGCCCGCCACCCGAACACAUGCGUCCGUGAGCGCCCCUCCCCGCCGUCCGCGUCGGGCCACCGGCUCUGCCGCGCAGGGGCGGAUGGCGCGCGGGGCCCGGCGCGCGCCGGCCGCCCUCCUGCCGCUGGGGGCCGCGCUCGCGUGGGCCCCCGGUGGCGCGGCGCUGUCGGCCGCGGCGGUGCCCGAGGCCGGGUCGCCCUCUGGGGCGCUCGCGCUGCACGGGACGGCCAGGACCGUGUCGGCACUCGUCUUCGACCUGGACGAGUGCAAGGUCUGCUCCUUCAACGGCAAGGCCGCGCCGCGCCUGUUCAUCGACGGGAGAGACGACCGACGGCCUCGGCAACAACGUUGA